UAGAAGCUCGCUAAAGCGUCGGCAGGAUUCACUGAGAGGUUUCGGCCGUCGUGCGUUCCUUCCCUGCAGGAAGCAGACAUCGAGCAUCGGACCCAGGCGCUGAAGCGAGAGGGCUUCUGGUCGAUGAAGCGUCUCACUCGCCUGACGGAGCCGCCACGACCCAAAGUUCACUGGGACUACCUGUGCGAGGAGAUGCAGUGGCUCUCUGCCGACUUUGCUCAGGAGCGGCGGUGGAAGAGAGGCGUGGCUCGAAAGGUGGUUCGAAUGGUGAUGAGACACCACGAGGAGCUGAGGCAAAAAGAAGAAAAAGCCAAAAGAGACGAGCACGCUAAAAUCAGAAGAGUUGCUUCUUCCAUCGCUAAGGAGGUGCGGGCUUUCUGGAGCAGCGUGGAGAAGGUGGUUCAGUACAAGCAGCAGUCCAGACUGGAGGAGAAGAGAAAGAAGGCUCUGGACCUGCAGCUGGACUUCAUCGUCGGCCAGACGGAGAAAUACUCGGACCUCCUCAGCAAGUCACUCGCACCCGCCAGGCCCGCUGAAGCCGAAACUGUCCCGCAGACGCCCCAAAAAUCUGCAGCACCUUCCGUUGAUGAGGAGGACAGAGACUUUGAGCCUCCGUGUGAGGAGGAGGAUGAUGAGGAGACCAUCGAGGUGGAGGAGCAGCAGGAGGGCAACGACGCCGAGAGCCACCGGAGGGAGAUCGAACUGCUGAAGGAGGAGGGCAUGCUGCCGCUGGACCAGUUACUCAGCACCCUCAAACUGCCACAGGAGUCGGGCUCAGAUGACGAGUGCUCUGAUGAAUCCUCUUCAUCGGCGGAGGAGGAAGAGGAAGAUGGUGAAUUCACUGCCAAUGAAGAGGAUGCUGAGGAUGAGGAGGACACCAUAGCUGCACAGGAGAAGGUCGAGGGAAACGUGGAUCACGCAGAGGAGCUGGAUGAUUUGGCUCGAGAAGGUAUUUUUAUGUGCAUAUAGUAAAAGGUGUUCACCUCGAGUCGCAGCUCGUUGUCACUUUGUGCUUUAAAGUUGUUUAAAGUGCUUCCCUCGUGACGGAAGAGCUUCUGUUAUUACUGACUAUCUGUAAAGAGGAAUCAGCUUACUGUCAACUUCAGUUCAUCGCCCCGAAAAACAAUCCUGCCUUUUCCAGGGUUUUGAGACAAAGUGAGCGAACUGAAACACAUCAAAACUUAACAGCAACUCCAGUUUUUGAUCAUCUGACAUCUAGAUUUCUGGCCUCAUCUGAACGCCACUUUAUUUUAGGGUUUAGGCGAGUCAUGCUAUGGAAAACAUCUGGUUUCCUUUUGAAUAUUUUUGAAUCGACUAACCUCAAUGACCAGAGGACAAAUAGCAGCUCUAAUUUGAGCAACUGAAGAGUUUUGGCAUCGUGAUAAACAGGACAAACUUAUGCUUGAUAUGAAGAUAUGUCCUUCAUUUUUCACUUUGACAACAUAUUUUUAAACCCUUUUUCUUUAAAUGUCAAUAGAAGCUUACUGUUAAUAAAGUUAAAGCCCCCCUCCACUCAGAAAUGUGUUUCACUUCUGUUAAUGUCACCUAAAAAUGUCUGACCUCGUCCCUGAUGACUUAUAUCUUUGCAAACUGUCACUUUGGAGGUGAUUUCACAUUAAAGGAGGCGAUCUUAAUCUUAAUUUUUGCAGACACACGCGCACACA